ACAUUGUCAUACCUUCCGCCUGCUAUUCUACAUACACCACACUACACGCAUACAACCACCACCCACAUAUAUACUUCCACAUCGUCGCAUGUCCAUUUCAUAGCGCUUACCCAAGACACGAUGCGUCGCUACGCAGAGGGUACACCGUGCCCGUCCAACACAUCUUUUGCCGGCCGCCGUUCUUCGUCCAUGUACAACGCGCCCCAUUCAACCAGCUACGCGAACGCUUACGCCUACGAUGACGGGACCACGGCCAACAUCGAAUACACAACCGAUCUGAAGACAAGCGCGAGCGCGAGCGCAAGCACUGGCGCGGGGCUGCGCAAUGCAAAGCCUAAGAGACCGCCCAUGAUGCGUAAGAGCAUGAUGAGACAGAGUGUUGCGGACUCCAGGGGAGGAUUCGAACCGAGCCUGGAUAUUUUCGAAGAUGUCGCGCUCGAAGAGGAGGAAGCGGAACUCCAGCGAGAGCCCACGGCCACGAGGAAAGGUAUGAGGAGGAGCACGGCGAGGGAAAGGGGGCCGGUCAGGGAAAGUGGGGUCAGCGCGAGUGCAGUCAAUGCUGGCGUGAGAACGGAGAAAAAGAGUUCGAUUCUGGCGAGAGGCGCGCAAAGGAUACAUCUACCUGCCCCCGAACCAUCCAUCGCAGCUCCUGCGCCGGCACCAGAGCGUAGGGAAACUAAACCCCAGAGACGACGCGUCUCGCAGUUGCUAGUGGAAAGACAGUCGGUGGUUGCAUCAGAUGCCACUGUUCAGUUGCGUGAAGACCUUUUGGGCAACCGAGAACAGCGCAAGCAAGAUCAUGUCAAGAACUCUCGGCGAAAUACUAUCUACAUCCCAUCUGAUGAAACAUCCAUCUUCACCAUACACCCUGGAAACGCAGUUCAAGCCCACAAGGCGCGCAAUCCGCGCGAGAAGAGUCCGGAUAUUGGCCUGGAUCUUGUCACGCUAUCGGAAGAAGAACCUGAGAACCUCGUAUCGGUGUUGAAGAAGGAGAGAAAGAGUUCCAGGAAAUCGCUCGCGGCGCCACCAAAACGGGUGCCUCUUGUACAAACAGGCCGACAGGGGUCUUCUUUCAGCCAUGAUGUGUGUGGUCAGGGCGGCGGAAAGGAGAAUGUGCCGCCUGGCAUGGAGGUUUUUGAGGGAAAGAAUGGAGCCACGCAUAUUGAGCUGAAUUUUGGCAAGAUAGAGGAGCGGAACCAUGCCGUUAAGCCCGCAAAAGUGCAUUUUAGCUCUAAAGUUUCUGAGACGAGCUCUCGGGCGACCACUAAGAAAGAGGGCACACAGAAGAGGACAAGGACAUCUACGCGGUAUGAGGGGUCACCUGCGAAGGCUCUCAAGACGAGGGCCGGUGCACUGGCUUCUUCCACACGUCCCGCCGCACCAAAACCUGACAUCAAGAACGCAAAGAGUAAAAUUUCAAAGACUGCUCCUCGCAUUCCACUGGCCUCUUCCUCUCCUUUCCAUACGGACCGAUCACCCCCCACUGCGCUUCGACGGCGGAGAGCGGAGCGAGCCUCAUCGCAGAUCACACUGAUGCAUGAAGUGGGACAACCACGGCCGCCCCCUAAGGAAAAAUACUCUGUCUUGACAGAAGAUCUAGCUAGACCAGAGCUGUACGAGGACAAUUGGUUGACUUACCAAGAGGUGGCUAUCACUCAGCUUCUCAACUCCAUGUUCGAGGCUGCCAGCGCAGAUCCUAAUGCUGAGCAAACUAACGUAGAACUAAGGAGGAGGUUGUUAGAUCUUUACCAAGAGCCAGCCAUGCUUUCCUUGCACAAGCGCUUGCAGGCUUCUUUGCAAUACGGUGCACUAAGCAUACCAAAAGAUCUCCUUGCUCAAACGCUGAGACUUAAAGACGACGUUGGCUUGCGCAAAAAGUUUUUAAAUCUUUGGGUAAAGACAUACGACCUCACCACUCUUCGUGCCGCAGCUGAAGCCAUAAUCGGUCGCCAAAUUACUGCUCCAUCGCGCCUGUCAAGUGGCUCUACCAGUUCUGACGACGGAUCGCGUUCGAUGCGAGCCGAGCGAAGGGCAAUUGAAAAUUUCCUAGAUGUUUUCCUCAUCCGCAACGAGGACGCCGUACGUGUCAAAUCUGGCACGGUUGGUAGCAUUGCUACGCUUGCUCGUGGAGGUGAUCAUACCAACGACGACUUUGGCUCGCAAGGCUGGUCGUGGCGCCGUACCGCUCUCCGAAGUCUAUCGCUCAUCUAUCUACUUGACCGGGCGAAAAGUGCAGAUAUGGUGUCGGGAUGUCUCUUUCAAUCCGCAUCUGCGUAUAAAACAUCAACCGACGUCCUUCACGCAUUAUCUACUAUGCUUCUCCCCUCUCACGGCGACAUUACGCGACCACUGGGUCACCUCAACUACAAAGUCGAUCACACGCAGUAUCCACUCCAAGAGUUUACGUACCAUAUCGAAAACAUCGCCAUUGAUCUUCGCGACGGUGUAAUUCUCACCCGCCUCGUCGAGCUCCUGUUGUACCCACCUCCUACUCUUGUUGCCCGCCAGGAAGAUACUGUAACCGUCACUAUGCCCACAGGCGACACGCUCACUAGCGCUUUCGACUUUACGGCCAAAGAAAGCUGGGUUCUCUCGCAGCACCUCAGAGUUCCAUCGAUUGGGCGCGCACAGAAGCUAUACAACGUGCAAGUCGCGCUCGCAGCAUUGGACGGCGUGCGCGGCAUCCCUCUUAAUGUCGUUGGCGGCAUCAAACCGGAAGAUAUCGUCGAUGGACACCGCGAGAAAACUAUGUUGCUUCUCUGGUCGCUGGUCGGCAAACACGGACUCGCGAACCUCGUCGACUGGGCGCACAUUGUGCGGGAGAUUGAGCGAUUCAGAUCGCAAUGGUACAAGCGGCGCAAUGAGUACCAAGAUCGACAUCUGGAUUCCGAUGAAGAAGAAGACACCGAAACGGGUAGCCGGGGUGAAUACGAUGGCAAUGCAGGUCUGGCAUACCACACACGUUUACUCCUUUCCUGGGCGCGAUGCAUCGCGCGCACCAAAGGCCUAAAGGUAACCAACCUCACAACAUCCUUCUCCGACCCAAGAAUCAUCGAGGCAAUCGUAGACGAAUACUUACCGCCAACCUUCCUACCUCCAUCACUACUAUCGUCAUCUUCAUCAUCUUCAACAUUCACGCUAUCCUCCAAACUCCGCGCAACAGGCUGCUCCCCCUCCUUCAUCACCCUCUUCACAUCAUCAUCAUCGACAUCAACCCACACCAAAACCCAAACGAUCCCCUCAAGGGACUUCACCCUCCUCACCCUCUCCUUUCUCGCCUCCCGCCUCCCCCCGCUCGCCCGCACCCACCGCGCAGCAACAACCAUCCAACGCUUCUACCGCGCCCACCUCACGCGCCGCAUCAUCGCCACCCGCGUCGCGCAUCUACGCGUUUCGCGCGCCGCUGCCGAGAUUGGCGCGCAGAGGGAGAAACUCGCUCGCGCUGCUAUUGCUGUGCAGAAGCGGUGGAGAGCUGUGCUGGAGAUGAGGAAGGUGCGGUUGGAAGGGAUCGUGCUGGCGGUGCAGAGUUGGGCUCGUGCGGUCGUUGUGAGGAGGUGGGCUGCGAGGGUUACAGGGGGGAAGGUUGGUGGGAAGGCAGGUGCUGGGAGGAGGGUUCGUGGAGGGUGGUAGUAGGGAAACUGAAUAAGGGCUCUCCUUCUUUUUUUCUUUCUCUGGUUUUUGUUCCGUUUUAUUCUUUCUUCCUGGCUGUGUUCGAAGCGGGAAGACUCGGGUGGGAAGAAUUGAUAUGGUGUUGUUGUUUGGAGAUGAUGAUUUUACGAAUUUGCUAUCCCCUCCACCGUUUUGUUUAAUCACUCUUUCUUUUUUUUUUCCUGGUGGCUUCAUACUUUUGGUAUUCUGUAUUCAUUGGGUAAUCAGCGGGAUCGUUUGGAAGGGGGCCGUUUGAUUAUUAUCCAUUUUUCUUUCUCUGUUCUUAACACUGUUUACUUUAUGCUAGUGAAAGGUGAUUAUCAUCCAUAUUCUUCAUGUACUCGAGACGUGAUUUCAAGCGAGUGGGUCGGUUAUGAGAAAACAU